AUGCAAAAGUGUCAUGACAUUCGCAACCUAGACACUUGUGACCUCUUCAAACAAUUCCACAUUGUCAACAAUGGCUGCGCUGACUCCGAGCAGGAAGAUCUUUAUAACAUGUUCUUCCACUAUGUUAAACCUAAGCUAGACUGUCCAAUAAAAGCAGGAAACUACAAGAUCACCGACUACCCGUUCUUCACUGAGGACAGUGAUCUCACAGCGUCAGAGUCAAAAAUUUCUACCAGCGUGUUCGGCUACACUUACCGGCUUCAGGGUUACGAUGAUGAUGACAAAAGGUUACUCUGCACGGACGCGAGUCUUCAGCUCCUGUACAUUCGUGAACAUGAU